AAUAGGCCAAGCUCCAAACACUAUAUAUAACAAGCCACUCUUCCUUCAUUUCCACAAACACCUCCCUCAGCUUUCAAGUUUCAUCCUAGAAAACAAUACCCCACAAAGCAAAAGCAGAGAAACUUUCUUUCCAAUUUCAUAUCAGAAAACAAAAAAUAAGUUAACAUGGCAGAGAAAACCAACCCGGCCUAUCCCAUGGCACCGUCAAAUGGUUACACAAGAAGUGAUGGAGAGUCUCAGCUGUCUGCUGAUGAGCUGAAACGCAAGAAGAAAAUCAAAUUGGCCAUCUAUAUUACUAUUUUUGUUGUGUUUCAGAUCAUAGUUAUCACCACCAUGAGUCUCACUGUGAUGAAAGUUAAGAACCCCAGGUUCAGGCUAGGCAACAUCAACGUCCAAAGCUUUGAAUCUGUCACGGCAACACCUUCAUUCAACACAAAAUUCACAACCCAAAUCAAGAUCAAGAACUCAGCCAACUGGGGUUCCUACAAGUUCAAUGCUGCCAAUAUCACGUUUCAAUACCGAGGCGCGACUUUGGCAGGAAUUGAUGUCGCAAAGGGCAAGGCUGGAUGGCUUUCGACCAUAAAAAGAAAUGCGGAGGUGAGUUUGAAUUUAACUGCAAUAACUAAUUCAAAUCUUGGAAGUGAUUUGAGCAGCGGGGUGUUGACGCUCAACAGCGUAGGAAGAUUGAAUGGAAAAGUUGCAAUUAUGUUCAUCAUGAAGAAGAAGAAGGCUGCCAACAUGAACUGCACUAUUGCCUUUGAUGUGGCAGCCAAGACGCUCAAAUCUUUACAAUGCAAGUGAAAACACAGAAGCUAUCUGUAAAUUUUGCGAUGCAGCUUGGCCAUCUCUCUGUUACAUGAUGUGGAUUUGCGAUCGAUCAAGACUAGUUCUUGGAUUGUGUUUUUCUUUCUUCUGUUUUUUUUUUUUUUUUUGUAUGAGUGAGUGAUAGUGUAAUUUUAUGAAUAAAUCGUUGCUAUUAUUUUCA